AUGACGGAUCUCGCCUCGCUCGACAUCAAGAACUUCGCCUUCGGCCAGCAGAACAUGCACAUCAUCGUGAGCGACCCAAUCUCCCCCUCCAUUGCCCCUCCCGUGGACUCGAACGACGACGUCGCACAAGCCGAAUUCGCAGUCGCGCUCGCCGUCGACGCCGGGCUCAUCCCCGCCCCACCCGCGCCCAACGCCUCCGCGCUCCUCCAGCUCUUCUACCCCGCCGGCUCCAUCAACCCGGGCACGCAGCCCCAGGGCGGCGCCGACUUCUACGCCUCGCCGCUCCCGGACGUGCGCGCCGCGCGGAACGUGACGCUCGCCUACAGCGUCUUCUUCCCCGCCGACUUCGACUGGGUCCGCGGCGGGAAGCUCCCCGGGCUCUACGGCGGGCACGACGGGUGCUCGGGCGGGGACGCCGCCGCCGACUGCUGGAGCACGCGCCUCAUGUGGAGGGCCGACGGCGCGGGCGAGCUGUACCUGUACGCGCCCAAGGAUCGGCAGACGGCCGCGCUCUGCCACGCGCCGCCGCUGUCGCUCUGCGACUCGGACUUCGGGCUCUCGGUCGCGCGCGGGGCGUUCCGCUUCGCGCGCGGGAACUGGACGCGCGUGCGCCAGACGGUGGCGCUCAACACGCCCGGCGCGCAGGACGGUGGGUUCGCGCUCGACGUCGACGGCGUGCGCGUGCUCGAGCGCGCGGACGUCACGUUCUUCGGAGGCCACGAGCAGGAGUACGCGACGCCGCGGGACCAGUUUACGUGGUUCAGGGACUUCGAGAUGGUGAUCAACGAGUGA